UGCCCCUCCCUCUUUGAACGCCACAUCCGGGAGACUGCGCCCACUUAGGAGCAGGGGCAGCGGCAACUCUGAUCAACCUAGUGGUGUUGUAGCCCCCGGUGGCUGAAGACUUGGGGGUUUAGAGCAGCUCAGGGCUUUGGAAAGGCUCAAAAGGUGCAGACCUCCUCAGCAGCCAGUCACUGUCAACAGAGAAUGUGCAUGCUGGCCUCCUCCUGCAUGUGCCUUUGACUCAGAUACGCUGCUGUUGACACUUUGGCGACCUCUUCCAUCCUGCUUCCUGGGGAAGCCUGGGUCAGAAUGGGAGACGCCAGAGACAUCUGCCCUCACCUGGACUCCAUAGGGGAGGUGACCAAAGAGGACUUGCUGUUUAAGUCUAAGGGAACCUGCCAGUCAUGUGGUGUCGCUGGACCUAACCUAUGGGCCUGCCUCCAGGUCACCUGCCCCUACGUUGGCUGUGGAGAGUCCUUUGCUGACCACAGCACCAUUCACGCACAGGUGAAAAAGCACAACCUGACUGUGAACCUGACCACGUUCCGGGUGUGGUGCUACGCCUGUGAGCGCGAAGUCUUCCUGGAGCAGCGCCUGGCAGUCCACCUGCCCAGCUCCUCAGCCAAGCUCUCCGAGCAGGACUCCCCACCCCCCUCCCACCCUCUGAAGGCCGUCCCCAUUGCUGUGGCUGAUGAAGGAGAGUCUGAGUCUGAGGACGAUGACCUGAAACCUCGAGGCCUUACAGGCAUGAAGAACCUGGGGAACUCCUGUUACAUGAACGCUGCCCUGCAGGCCUUGUCAAAUUGCCCCCCACUCACCCAGUUCUUCCUGGAGUGUGGUGGCCUGGUGCGCACGGACAAGAAGCCAGCCUUGUGCAGGAGUUACCAGAAGUUGAUCUCUGAGGUCUGGCACAAGAGACGGCCAAGCUAUGUGGUCCCCACCAGCCUGUCCCAUGGGAUCAAGUUGGUCAACCCGAUGUUCCGAGGCUAUGCCCAGCAGGACACCCAGGAGUUUCUACGCUGCCUGAUGGACCAGCUUCAUGAGGAGCUCAAGGAGCCCAUUGUAGCCGCUGUGACAGCACUCAGUGACGCCCGGGACUCAGAUUCCAGUGACACAGAUGAGAGGCGCGAUGGCGACCGGAGCCCGUCAGAGGACGAGUUUCUGUCCUGUGACUCGAGCAGUGACAGGGGCGAGGGUGACGGGCAAGGGCGUGGUGGUGGAGGUAACUCGAAGGCUGAGAUGGAGCUGCUGAUCCCAGAUGAGGCGGGCCGAGCCAUCUCUGAGAAGGAGCGCAUGAAGGACCGCAAGUUCUCCUGGGGCCAGCAGCGCACCAACUCAGAGCAAGUGGAUGAGGAUGCUGAUGUGGACACGGCCAUGGCCUCCCUGGACAACCAACCCAUCGAGACCCAGCCACCAUCACCAAGGCCCACCAGCCCCUGCCGGACCCCAGAGCCAGACAACGAAGCCCACAUCCGCAGCUCCUCUCGCCCCUGCAGCCCCGUCCACCACCAUGAGGGCCACGCCAAGCUGUCCAGCAGCCCCCCUCGUGCAAGCCCUGUGAGGAUGGGGCCGUCGUACGUGCUCAAGAAAGCCCAGGUGCCCAGUGCUGGUGGCCGGAGGCGGAAGGAGCAGAGUUACCGCAGCGUCAUCUCAGACGUCUUCAAUGGCUCUGUCCUCAGCCUGGUGCAGUGUCUCACCUGUGACCGGGUGUCUACCACGGUGGAGACAUUCCAGGACCUGUCAUUGCCCAUCCCUGGCAAGGAAGACCUCGCCAAACUCCACUCUGCCAUCUACCAGAAUGUGCCAGCCAAGCCGGGAGCCUGUGGGGACAGCUACUCCUCCCAGGGCUGGCUGGCCUUCAUCGUGGAGUACAUCCGACGGUUCGUGGUAUCCUGUACCCCCAGCUGGUUUUGGGGGCCUGUCGUCACACUGGAGGACUGCCUGGCUGCUUUCUUUGCUGCUGAUGAGCUGAAGGGUGACAACAUGUACAGCUGUGAGCGGUGUAAGAAGCUUCGGAAUGGUGUGAAGUACUGUAAAGUCCUGUGUCUGCCUGAGAUUCUGUGCGUCCACCUGAAGCGCUUCCGGCAUGAGGUAAUGUACUCCUUCAAAGUCAGCAGCCAUGUCUCCUUCCCCCUCGAGGGACUCGACCUACGCCCUUUUCUGGCCAAGGAAUGCACGUCUCAGGUCACCACGUAUGACCUCCUCUCUGUCAUUUGUCACCAUGGCACAGCAGGCAGCGGGCACUACAUUGCCUAUUGUCAGAAUGUGAUCAAUGGGCAGUGGUAUGAAUUCGAUGAUCAGUAUGUCACCGAGGUCCAUGAGACGGUGGUGCAGAAUGUGGAGGCCUACGUGCUCUUCUACAGGAAGAGCAGCGAGGAGGCCAUGCGCGAGCGGCAGCAGGUGGUGUCCCUGGCUGCCAUGCGGGAGCCCAGCCUGCUGCGGUUCUAUGUGUCUCGAGAAUGGCUGAACAAGUUCAACACCUUUGCAGAGCCAGGGCCCAUCACCAACCACACCUUCCUGUGCUCGCACGGAGGAAUCCCACCCAACAAAUACCACUACAUCGAUGACCUGGUGGUCAUCCUGCCACAGAGCGUCUGGGAGCACCUGUAUGUCAGGUUUGGGGGCGGCCCUGCUGUGAAUCAUCUGUUCGUGUGCUCCAUCUGCCAGGUGGAGAUCGAGGCCCUGGCCAAGCGCAGGAGGGUGGAGAUUGACACUUUCAUCAAGCUGAACAAGGCGUUCCAAGCUGAGGAGUCUCCCGGAGUCAUCUACUGCAUCAGCAUGCACUGGUUCCGAGAGUGGGAGGCUUUCGUCAAGGGGAAGGACAGCGAGCCUCCUGGGCCCAUCGACAACAGCAGGAUCGCUCAGGUCAAAGGCAGUGGCCAUAUCCAGCUAAAGCAGGGGGCUGAUUAUGGGCAGAUUUCCGAGGAGACCUGGACCUAUCUGAACAGCCUGUAUGGGGGUGGCCCUGAGAUCGCCAUCCGGCAGAGUGUAGCCCAGCUCCCAGACCCAGAGAGCUUGCAUGGAGAGCAAAAGAUCGAGGCUGAGACCCGGGCUGUGUGACUGGGGCCAGGCUGAGUGGCUGUGGCUGGUCCUACUCCCUCUCCAGACAGCCCUGCAUCCCUCUGAAGGCUGCGUCCUGCUGAGUGUCGUUGUCCCUGAAGGCUGGUACUUGCCGUUCCCCGAGGGUGUGUCUGCCCUGCAGCUGUGCUGCUGUGUGCUGGCGCAGAGGCCAAGUGCGGCUGGUCCGUCUGCCAGGAGAGAUGCUGUGCUGGGAAAUAUAUUCUCUCAGACUUGGAGGACUCUGACGUCAUCACCAUGUCCCCAAACCUGCCCUCUUGCUAGCUUGGGCCCAGCUUUUGUCCCAGGAGCCCCAUGCUGCCCCUCAGCCCAUGCUGGCCCCUGGGAUGGGGUGCUGGGAGUGGCUGCCACUUCUGGGGUGUUUUCUGCUGUGUACUGGGUCCAACACCUUAGCGACUCACAGAGGUAGAUUUCCAUGCCCAGGGGGGCAGGAUGGUUGUGAGGGGCUCUGCAUGUUGGCCAGCAGCCCCUCACAUCAUGUUGGUUACCGGAGUCCCCUGGAGGUGCAGGCCGCCCGUGUGUGUUAUUGACUAUAGAAACAGGACUCGUGGUUGGAAUGGAACGUGGGCAGUUGAGACUUGGAGAGGACCUACCACCUUGUCUGCUGAGCCGCUGGCAGAUUGGGUGUCAUCUGCCCUGUGGGGUGGCUCCUGAGCCCCUGUGGGGUGGGGUGAAACAGAUACCUCAUGCGCUAGUGCACUGUUGGUUGCUCGCUCAGCUUCCUGUGUAGCCUAGAGUGACCCUGAUCCCCAACACCCCACACCCCCACACCUCCCCCAGCCUUGGUGUCUAGGGCCACCUCUGGGGAGGUGAUCUGUGGCCACUCACACAGGCACUUGCCCAGAGGGUCCUGCAAGGCCACUGCAGAGGUACUGGGACCCCCUGAGCCUAGAGAGGCUGUCCUGUUUCUGGGGUCCUUGAGAAGUCUGGACAGAACAUUUAGGGCAAGAUUUUCAAAGUCUGGGGUGGUGAGGGAUCCCGGGACCAAGAGGUCUCCAGAGGGCAGUGACCUCCAGGCUCUGCAGAAGUGGGCGCCAGCAGCCCAGGUCUAGGCAUUUGCUGUCCCCUAGACCUACUUCUUCCCGCUGAGGUGGCAUGCAGCCCCUGGCCAGCUGCUACUGGGACUUGCCCUGCUGGCUGCCAUCUCUUGACGCCUCUGCUGAGAGCCCUUGGCUCCUUGCACUACUGUGGUGCAGUCUGGUUUGUGUUGAGAAUGUCACAAUAAACAUGCAUUCCUCCCCUGC